AUGUUCCUCGAAUUCCUAGAUUUGACAACCGCCCAUCGACCGCUCUUGUUGCAAGACGAGAGCCUCCUCUUUCUUCAAAAUGGGGUUGGCCUCUAUGAGGGAAAAUACAAACUACCCGACUUGCAAGAAGGUCAUGUAUAUCUCACGUCCCAUCGAAUUUGCUAUGUCGAUGGUGAGGAGCCUAGAAAGAAUUCGGUAUCAAUAGAAUUGAAGAACGUAGACAGAUACGACUUCUACGCGGGCUUUCUAAAAUCAUCAGCAAAGAUCACCUUACAUCCUAAAGUGCUGAAACGGUCGCCCUUUCAAUAUCAUUCCACUGACUCAAUCAAUGAGCUGUAUUCGUAUCCAUCGCAAACACGCAGCUCAACAGCCUCACCACUUGCCACAAAUUCAAGCCCUGAGGGGUUGCAAUUUCCAAACAGGCCCUCGCCGAAACCAAGUAGUGGGACUUGGGUCUGUCCGAUCUGUUCGUACUCAAAUGACCUGCCUACCAAUUUCGACCCGACUACAGCUAGCUCAAAUACAACAGUAUUACCAUGUCAGGCAUGUGGUAUCAAGCCGACCUUCGCUCAUCUUCUUAAAGCAGCAAUAUCAACUGCAUCCAAACAUCAGAUGAGUGCAGCCCAAGAUCGAACCCCAAAGCAAACUCUCCUUGAGAGCCACAGUCAAGAUAGCGAGAGCUUCAGCAUUCGGCGGGGAAAAUACGAAGAAACUCAUGGUCUUAAACAAGCAGCCCCAUUUCAAUGUCCUCGUUGCACGUUUCUCAAUCAUCCGUCGCUCAUCAAUUGUGAAAUGUGCGGCACGUCUCUCGUCCCAAUUGAGCAAGACGCUUUCGUUCCGGACGGAGAAUCGCUUAAAAGAGCCGAGUCUCCAGAUCCAAGCAUGAUAGGUCCAGCUAUUAACACCAGUCGGGGGUUCGACUGUAUCAAGCUCUCUUUUCGCGCGGGCGGCGAGAGAACAUUCUACGAGCGGCUUAAAGGAGCGAUGAUUCAGCGCAAAUGGCUCUUGCAAAGUGCACCUCCAAUUCCAGAUCCUAUCGCAGAGUCCGAAGUGGGAAGACAACAUGGUUCCCCUCCGGAGCAGCUAGGUGUCAAACCAAACACCGGGCGAGUAAAAUCAGCUGGUAUUACUGGUCUUGAGAGACGGGGGCUUGAUAUACGUAAGAAGAAUGAGGCUAUGAUCGGCUCCGCCUUCACAGAUUUGGACGCACUGAUGGCUUCAGCAAAGGAAAUCAUUGGGCUCGCCGAAUCAUUUGCCAAAGACAAAGACAAUGGAUUUCCCUCCGACGCAAGCCAGGUCAUAGCCGAUUCUGCAAGGAGUCUGGACAUGAUCACCACAAAAGAUAUGCUCAGCCCAACCUCUGGCAGCGACUCGUUAUACAUUGCCGAGCUUUCCCGUAAUUUGGCCGAAUUUCUUACGGAUGAUUCGAGAGGCAUACUGAAAAGGGAAGGAGGUGUGAUGACUCUGGUCGACCUUUGGGCUGUCUUCAACCGUGCAAGACAAGGUGUGGAAUUGAUCAACCCCGCUGAUUUCGAAAAAGCGGCCUAUCUCUGGGAAAAGCUCAAACUACCAGUUCGCUUAAGGCAAUUCAAGAAUGGUCUCUUAGUGGUGCAGCAGGCUGAUAGGACGGACGACAAAACUGUUGGUCAGCUACUCGAGUGGCUACAAGAAAUACGCGCUUUGCCACCACCUGACGACGCUGUGGGCUGGGAUUGGGAUGCUUUCGGUAGGGGUUUAAGCGCGCAUGAAGCUGCGCAACACUUUGGAUGGAGCAUUGGUGUUGCGACUGAAGAGCUAGAGAUGGCAGAAGAAAAGGGUGUGCUGUGUCGUGAAGAAAGUGUCGAGGGUCUACGAUUUUGGGAAAACUGGCUUGCAAAAUCCGAGGAAGUUGAGAGUGAUGACAUUAUAGUUGGUCCAAAGUAUCCGACGAGAGAUGACGCUAUGGACGAAAUAGUCACGAAUCUGAAGUCCUCGGGACUCUUAUGCGACGACAAACUUUUGUCUGUCCUUGCUCUUGACAACUGUUUCAUAGUGGACCUCCAACUGAUCGAGCGAACAGCACAUUUCGAUGCAGCAAGACAGUUGGAGGAGCAUCCUCGAACAUAG